AUGCCUCUCAUGGAGACAGUUACAAUAAUAAACAAGUCCGGGAAGGUCGUCAGUACCGGCAAGCACCUAGUCAAUAUCUUCAAAGAUGCGAAGGAUGCGUACCAAGACAAGAAAGCCGAGCUCAAAGCCGAUCACCACGCCCGAAUCAAGCACAAGAACGAUCAGAAGCUCCUACAAGCUCGGGAAGAGACUCGAUCAACCACAUCCUCAAGACAUUCCCAUCGCUCUCGCUCCCACAAACACAGAGAUCCUGCUGCUGGCCCAUCCAGACCUCCGCUCACUGAAAGAAAUCUAUCGCACAUUUCCGAGGGCAGCGUCACAUCAUCUCGAAGAAGUCGAAGUCACCAUGGAUCCCGUACUGGUCCUCACAGCCCUCGCGAGUACCAUCCUCCUCAAGUCGCAACCGAAAUGUCGCAGCCAGUCCUCCAAAGACGACACACCGACUUCCCAGAUGCAUCGCCUAGUGUUGCAUCGGGCACACUUCCACCACCCUAUACCUCACAGCUCUCAAGAAUGCCGCCCCGCAGCCAGUCGAAUCCAGACUUCCAUUCAGACGAUGUUGACAUGAACCUCGCGUAUGGCAAGCUUCCACCGGAUCUACAAGUCGCACAAGUGGAUGAUCUGGAGAAGGAACAAGAGUUGAAAGCUACAAUGAACAAGCUCGACGAGUUGCUGCUGGAAGCGCAUUGCUUGCAGCACUCCGCUACGACAAUCAUCGCAAAUCUCCAAGCCAACCCAGAAGCAAUGGCAGCUGUAGCUCUGACUCUUGCCGAGCUUUCCAACAUCUUGACGAAGAUGUCGCCUGGUAUCCUCACAGCAUUGAAAUCAUCUUCACCAGCAGUCUUUGCCCUUCUCGCUUCCCCUCAAUUCCUCAUUGCAGGAGGUGUUGCUCUUGGAGUUACAGUCGUCAUGUUCGGCGGGUACAAGAUCAUCAAGAAGAUUCAAGCCAAUAAUGAAGCUCAAAAAGAUGCCAACCGCAUGGAAGAGGCGAUGGUGUAUGAAGGCACAGAGAUGGGCAGCAUUGACACUUGGAGGCGAGGUAUUGCCGAUGCCGAGGUGGAGAGUGUGGCAACCAGCGUUGAUGGAGAGUUCAUCACCCCUGAGGCAGCAAGACAGAAAAAAGAGCGGAUCAAGGAACGCAAAAGAGAAGAGAGGAGAGAAGAGCGUCAUGGAAAGAGUGUUCGGGCGGAGAGUGUCGUCAGUGGAAGCGUCAGAAGUGAACGCACUGUUCGAAAAGCUGGUAGCGAGGCGACUCUUCGUCAACGAGACAUCCCCAUCCGCUCAUCUAGUACGAUGCCUCCUUCUGAGAGCGGUCGUAGCUCGAGAAGCCGCAAGGAGAGUAAAGGAAAGGAGCUUGUGGUCGUGUCAGAGAAGGAGAAGAAGAAGAAGAGUGCUCUUUCUGUAAUCUUCAAGCGCAGUAAGGACAAGGGCAAGGACAUCAGAGAGAGCACUGUCUCGCACCGUCCUCGCGUCGUGUAG